UGAAAGUUUGAAAGUGAAUGUGCACCUGCAUUUUUGGCUAAACUUGUUAUUGCCUGGAGCAGCCUGAAGUAUUGUCGUUAGUAGACUCCAUUGUUUUGUUUAGAUGUCGCCCAUACAAUUUCUAUAGUAUCGCCUCCCGUGAGGCGUCGUCUACGCGUGUUGAAAACAUGUCUGAUGGCCCUGUGAAACUGAGAUUUGCUGCCAAUCUAUCGUUCCUUUUCCAAGACAUAGCCUGUUUGCCAGAGAGGUAUAUUGCUGCAAAGAGAGCAGGGUUCAGUGGUGUUGAAUGUGCAGAUCCAUAUUCAGUGGCUAUCAAUGUAUUAGUUGAGGCAAAGGAAAAUGCUAAAGUUGAGCAGGUUCUGUUAAAUUCAUUCAAAGGUGAUACAUCAGGUCUGGCAGCAGUUCCAAAUCGGCAAGAUGAGUUUCAACAAUGCCUUGAACUCUCAAUUCAGUACUGCACCGCACUAAAGUGUAAACGUCUUCACAUUCCUUCUGGUGUAUAUCCUGAAGGAGACAAUGAGGAGAAAGAAAGCCUUUGGAGAGAAACAUUUAUCCAAAAUCUUCGAUAUGCAUCACAGCGUGUUGCUCUGGAUAACAUAACCAUUUUGAUUGAGCCAAUUUCAAACAUUCACAAUUAUUUCCUAAGCCAGACUGAUCAAGCUAUUGAAAUUAUAAAAGAACUGAAUUGUGACAAUGUAAAGCUGUUACUGGACUUGUACCAUCAUCAGCGGACGCACGGAGACAUCACAAACACGUUAUCCAACUAUUUACCAUACAUAGGACACAUACAAAUCAGCCAGGUGCCUGACCGGAACGAACCGGAUAGUAACGGGGAAAUAAAUUACACUUUUGUGUUUAAUCAUCUGCUAAGAAUUGGAUAUUCCGGUUGGAUUGGAUGUGAAUAUGUUCCGCAAGAUUCAAAAGGAUUGGGCUGGAUUGAGCCAUAUUUACAAAGGGAUGAUGAUAUGGAGCUGAGAGUAAUAAAGUCAUGAGACGAUGCUCUCGAUAUCUAGAAAUGCACAUUGCAAAUUGGUCUACUCCUUGCAUUGACUUGGAAUCGACGAAGCGUUCCUGGGAUUCUUGAAGAAGAAAAAUGUUUAGUAACUCGUAAAUGAUAAUUGUAUCGAGUUUAUGAGUGGUGGUGAUAUCUUGAUAAAAUGAAUGUAUGUAUUGUAUUAUUAACUAAUGCACUUAAUAUUCAAUUGAGAAAUUCAAAGAAUAUUUAAUAAAACACCUAAUCUAUUUUCA